AAGGUGCAAUGCGGUGUUUCCGCGGAAACGCGGAGUGAAAAAAUAUGAUUGAAAUGUGGACAAAAACUUUUAAAAAAUGAUAGUAAGUCAAUCGUAGUGCUUAUUUAAAAUACUUCCAUCUUUUACAAUCACUCUACACAGUUUUUUUUUUAAAUUAUUAUUGUAAUUCUUGUCGUAGUUUAAGCGUAAUGUUUCGUAGACUUAAUUUCUAUUCAAUAUGUUUCGCAUUCGGUCUCAGUGUUUUAUUAAUUCUUGCUGGAAGUCGAUAUACAGAUAACAUAAAUUACCAUUCGCCGCUUGAAAGCCGCAAGACAAUCAGAAAUUAUUUAAGAAUUGAAGAUGGUGAAGACAAUCUUGUGCAGCCACUACCAACAAAUCCGUAUGACGGUUCGCCCAAUAUAGAUAAAAUAUUAGAAAAAACUCGUAACAGAAUUAGGUCCGAAUUGUCAAAUUAUAAUUUUUCGAAUUCUGGCGUUAAUGGCUUAGAGGAGUUACUGAUGGAAUCUGGAGGAACACCAAUAAGGAGUCUUAUUGUGUCAACUUGGAGAUCAGGUUCUACUUUCUUUGGUGAACUUUUGAACGCUAUGCCAGGUACUUAUUACCAUUAUGAGCCCUUUUUAUGGUAUGACAUUAUACAAAUUAGAGGCCCGCCUUAUUCAUACAAAGCUUUAAAAUAUAUGAAAAAUUUGAUGAAUUGUGACCAUGAUGGUAUGCCAGAAAUUUUUGAAUUUGGAAAAGGGCACUUGCAUGCAUUCAGCCAUAAUACGAGACUAUGGGACCAUUGUAAAUAUAACAAAGAAUUAUGUCUUGACCCUGAUUUCACAACGAAGAUGUGUAAGCUAUUCCCAUUUCAGAGCAUGAAGGUUGUAAGAGUCCGAUUAAGACUUAUCGAAGAACUACUUGAAGAUAAAGAGCUUAAUUUAAAAGUAGUUCUGCUAGUUCGUGAUCCUCGUGGUGUGAUGCAAUCAAGGCAACACCGUUCUUUCUGCCAGCCAGCCCCGGACUGCUGGUCACCAGAGCUAGUUUGUGCUGACAUGAUAAGUGAUUAUGUAGCUGCAAGUCGGUUUAUGGAAAAGUAUCCUGACAGGCUUAUGGCUUUAAGAUAUGAAGAAUUGGCACUCGAUCCUAAUGGGACAGCACACAAAGUCUUGAAGUUCUUAAGAUUGGGCAUGACACAGUCUGUGGAAGAGUUUCUUCAUACACAUACCACUGUUGAAGUAGCAGGUGUCAGCUCUACUUUUAGAGUAUCUAGUGCUGUACCUUUUAAAUGGAAGACAACUCUGCUUUUUAACUAUGUGGAUGAAAUUCAGACUGCUUGCAAGGAAGCUAUGAGUUUGUGGGGUUACAAAAUGGUUAACAAUGCAUCACAGAUGACCAGCAAAGAUUUUUAUCCUCUGGAGCCUUAUACCAUUACGCAGUGACACAAUUAUCAGUACUCAGAAAAUUAUCGUGAUAUUCAACAUACUCAGUUUGAUCUUCUAGCGUCGUAAAUUUUAUUGAUAUUUGUGCAAAUAAUGAGAUCUCAACAGAUAAGUAUUACUCAGUUGUCAACGACUGUCUAAAUUAAGUUAAAUUUCAUUGCUUUUAAAAUCAUAUUUACGUGUUGUGUAUAUUGAAUGGGCUGUGUGGGAUUUAGUGAAGAAAAUAUUUGAAUCUCUGUGAAGUAUUAAAGUUAUAUAUAUAAAGAUGGCGUCGAAAUUUUUAAUAUUUGGUGAGGCGUUAGGUAGCGAUCAUGAACUGGCACACUAAAGCACGAAUGAACUAGAAUUGGAUAUAUGUAUCUAUCAUAUUUU